AAGUGCCCUGGAGGCCAUAGAAGACACUCAAGAAGAUAGAGACGGCAGGAGGAAGGAGCCUUUGAAGCUUUGUUGGCCCUAAAUGGCGGCAAAAUCAAGGAAGCCUUCUUCAGCACCAUCUUCAGCAGACCGGGCUCCUGAAGAGGACCUUGUCAUCGUCAAGGUGGAGGAGGACCAUGGCUGGGAUGAGGAAUCCAGCCUGCAUGAAAACAACCCUCCUAGCCAGGAACUGUUCCGCCUGCGCUUCAGACAGCUGUGCUAUCAAGAGACCCUCGGUCCCCGAGAGGCUCUGAUCCAGCUUCGGGCACUCUGCCACCAGUGGCUACGGCCAGACCUGCACAGCAAGGAGCAGAUCCUGGAGCUGCUGGUGCUCGAGCAGUUCCUGAGCAUCCUGCCCCGAGAGCUGCAGGCCCUGGUGAAAGAACACCAGCUGGAGGAUGGAGAGGAGGUGGUGACCCUGCUGGAGGACCUGGAACGGCAGAUCGAUAUACUAGGACGGCCAAUCCCAGCUCGUGCGCAUGGGCAUAGAGUGCUCUGGGAGGAAUUGGUAUCUGCAGACUCCGCUCCAGAACCACGUUCUCAGCUCCCACCUGUGGCAACCCAGUGUCAGUCUCCAGUGCCCCGAAGGCCACAGGAAAGAGCCACAUGUAUUUCUCAGAGCCCUGCCCCCUCCAAGAAAGGAAGUCCUAGUGAUGAGGAGACCACAACCACACUUCUCACAGCAGGGAUCCAGACUUUGGAAAAGAUUGAAGACAUGGCUGUGUCUCUUAUUCGAGAGGAGUGGCUUCUUGAUCCAUCACAGAAAGACCUGAGUCGAGAGAAUAGGCCUGAGGGCUACAGAAACAUGUCCUCCCUGGGUGGUGAGACCAGGGAUGAGAACAAGGAAUUAGCUUCAAAACAGGUAAUAUCUACUGGAACCCGACAACAUGGAGAGACAGCUGCUAAGUGCAAUGGGGAUGUUAUCGGGGGUCUUGAGCAUGGAGAAGCCCAAGGCAUUCUGGGCAGAUUAGAGAGGCAGCGGGGAAAUCCCACACAAGAGAGACGGCAUAAAUGUGAUGAAUGUGGGAAAAGCUUUGCUCAGAGCUCGGGCCUUGUUCGCCACUGGAGAAUCCACACGGGGGAAAAACCCUAUCAGUGUAAUGUGUGUGGCAAAGCCUUCAGUUACAGGUCAGCCCUUCUCUCCCAUCAGGAUAUCCACAACAAAGUGAAGCGCUAUCACUGUAAGGAGUGUGGUAAAGCCUUCAGUCAGAACACGGGCCUAAUCCUACACCAGAGAAUCCACACCGGGGAGAAGCCUUACCAGUGUAAUCAGUGUGGGAAGGCUUUCAGUCAGAGUGCGGGCCUGAUUCUGCACCAGAGAAUCCACAGUGGGGAGAGACCCUAUGAGUGUAAUGAAUGUGGGAAAGCUUUCAGUCAUAGCUCACACCUCAUUGGACAUCAGAGAAUCCACACUGGGGAGAAGCCCUAUGAGUGUGAUGAGUGCGGGAAAACCUUCAGGCGGAGCUCACAUCUUAUUGGUCAUCAGAGGAGCCACACUGGGGAGAAACCCUAUAAGUGCAAUGAGUGUGGGAGGGCCUUCAGUCAGAAGUCGGGCCUUAUUGAACAUCAGAGAAUCCAUACUGGAGAAAGACCCUAUAAGUGUAAAGAAUGUGGGAAAGCGUUCAAUGGGAACACUGGCCUCAUCCAGCAUCUGAGAAUACACACUGGGGAGAAGCCAUACCAGUGCAGUGAGUGUGGGAAAGCUUUCAUUCAGCGGUCAAGUCUCAUUCGGCAUCAGAGAAUCCACGGUGGAGAAAGGUCGGAAGCCAUAGGAGUUUAAGAAAAGCUCUGCUUUUUAUUUGAGCACUGUUCAACAUUAGAGAUCCCGUGCACUGGAGGGAAGGUCUUUGGAUGUCAUGAGAAAAGCAGAAAAGUUUGUCAGCACUGUUAGUGGCAGGAUCAGUAGAGGGGACACAGGAACGGGUCUUCAGUAGUUUAGGUCAAGAGCCUUGACACAGGGUGAUCAGGUUGACUGUCUUCAGAGGUGUCUGAUGAAGCAGGACUCCCUCCCAGCAGCUUUGAAUAUCCUUUAGAAUUUGAAGUAGUGUUGGAGCAACUUGCUUGCUGUGGCUAGAGGCGCGCUAACCCUUGCCCUCUGGAUGAGUAGCUGUUGGUAUGAAAGAGGCUGCUCCCCCACCACCGUCCUCUGCUGCCUCCCAUCUCCUGUGACCUCUUCUCCCAUGUCUUCUGAAGCUGCCACCGUAGCUCCUCAUCUAGCUAAGAAGCUGCUUGAGUCUGAGGCAGCCUGGCAGUGACAUUGCAUUUGUAUUUAGCUUUCUAUUAUCCUAGUUAGAAGUCUUUACAGACACUUAACACUUAAGCUUAAGUGUUUCUUUAACUAGCAGUUCUUCCAGUUGAGGGAGACCUAUACCCCCUGUACACUCAGAGAGCUCCAUUUUUAACAGCACCCCAGCAUUUUCCUUCAUUCUCCCCUUUACUGACCCCAUGUACUUGUGCAUCUGUGCUUGUCCUGUAUCACCCCAGUUCUGGCACCUGUGUCAGCAGAGACGUGAUGCAGUAGUGAUGCAGAGAGAGGUGGGUGGAGCUCAGCCUGGCUGUUCCUGAGCUGCAGUGUUGUACCUCAUGGUGACUGGUUCUCCCACCACCCCUUGCUAAACACUGUGCAGCUGUCCUAGUAAUGCCGUCACGUGGAGGAAGAGGGGACGGGUGCUGGAAAAGACAUGAAAUCCUUACCAAGGGUAUACAUCAUUCCUCUCAACCCGCUACAGUACUGCUCUCCUGGAUUCCUGCCAGGCUGUACAAGCUCCCUGACUCUGGUCAGCUGUACCAUUACGCUGAGCCCAGCUUCAGGUUGCCUUAGCACCACCCGUAUCAUUUCCUACUUGUUUCUUGCCAUUGGUGUAACUCUCAUGGUCACAGUGCUAAGCUAGCACCCUGACAUCACAGUUCCUCGUUCUGAGUUUGGAACUCCACCAGUCAUCUGCCAGUAAAGAUGCACGGUGAGACCCACAGCACACUUCUGAGGCCUUCCCGUGCCACGGAAUGCUGCUCAAAGUAAUGAGGGACGAUUAAUGUAUCCAAAAUAAGUGUCCUCUAAGCUAAGUCUGCUUAUUACUUAUUAUAAUAUUUAUUCUACCAUACUACUAUUUCCAAAUAUUUGGAACAUUCAUUCUUAAAAUUCUCAUUUUAUAACCCUUAUUUAAAAACCUAUUACUGUCAACCAUAUUUCAUUUAAUACAUAAUUGCUUUUCUGGGCUUGGAAUUGGAUAACUUUUGCUUUCCAGCAUUGGCCCUCACACUAAGAAUUAUUCUGUUAAUCCUGUUCAAAAAGCAAAUGUGUAGGUUUUUAAAAAACAUUUUUAUUUGUUUAUUUGAGAGAAAGAGAGAAUGGGCACACUAGGGCCACCAGCCACCGCAAGUGAACUCCAGAUGCAUGCACUACUUUGUGCAUUUGGCUUAUGUGCGUCCUAGGAAACCGAGCCUGGGUUCUUCGGCUUUGCAGGCAAGCACCUUAACUGCUAACCUAUCUCUCCAGCCCCAGAUGUGUAGGUUUUGCUGAAAACGCCAAGAGAACACAAUUUCCACUGUGAAUAUUCUGUAAAGGGAUAACUGUCCUGUUUGUUUUAUGAUGGAUGUAUUUUAUGACCUCAUAGAGGUCCAGGAUGUACGUCCUCCUACCUCCUCAUGGCUCCCUUGACCACUGAUGUCAAGGCUGUCUGCAUUGACUUCAUGAGCCAUUGGUACACACCUGUCACUCCAUCCUGCUUUCUUUGGUUAACUUUUCCACAACAGCCCUUUACGCCAUCCCUUUUACCCUCGCUAGCUCUGUGCACAUAACAUUUCAAGAAGCCAGAAACAAGUUGAAAUGGUUGUGACUAGAUCUUUGCUCCCUGCUUAAGUUGUGCCUUACCUUCUACACAAUACAAGUUCUGCUUGUGACCAGCGCUACCCUGUGUCCAAAGUUAUCCAGGAUGGAUUCAUUAUGAGAGGGAAAGUAAAGGUGUGUGUCUGUGUGUGUGUCUGUGUGGUCUGAGUACAUACCCACUCCUGACAUAAACGUUACAUGUGUCUGUAAACAUACCCACUCCUCUGGUGUAACUAUGCAUGUGUGUGCAUACCCACUCAUGUAACUGUAUGCGUGUGUGAGUACAUGCCCACUGCUCUAAAAUAACUGUGCACACCCACUCAUGUAACUGUAUGUAUGUGUAUAUCUGUAAUUCCCACUCCCCUCAUGUAACUAUGCAUGUAUUUGUGUACAUACCCCCUCCUCUCAUGUAACUGUGUGUGUGUGUGUGCACGCACGUGUGCAUAUCCACUUGUAACUGUGUGUGUAUCUGUUACAUGGCACUCUCUCAUACACUUUGGAAGAACACCUGCCUUCAUUCCCUAUAACUUGCUCAUUGAGCUCUAGGACCCAGAGUGAUGAACACCAGAAUUACUAAACCUCUGGCCGAGGUCAGAACAGAACAGACCGUGGCUGGGAUGUGAGAAAGGACUGUCACUACAAGAGUGUCAUGCGGCAGUAAGAGAAGGGCUGCGGAUUCUUCAUGUGGCAUGCCCCUAGCAGUAGAGCGUUGCUCGCUCUGUGGCACUGCAUUGAGCUCAGCGUUAUGCUCCUUCAUCCUGCAGUGCUGUUUCUUUACUCUCAGUCUGGAAUAAAUUAUUCAGUACUUAAUUUUCCCAUCCUUGGCUUCCACUUUAGGAGCUGGCUUGAUCAAGUGGCCCUCCCCUAACUCAGUUGCUAUCCAACGUAGCCCUAGGAAAGGCCUCUAACAUUUCAAAGAAUUUCUCCCUAAAAGCAAGACAGUCCUUCUAGAAUGUGGUGGUUGGUUUCCAUAUGGAACAGCUUAGUUGACCCUUGGAAGUAAGUCUUUAACUAAUGGUAGCUAGCACUUAUUGAGUGAUUAUUGUGUGUCAGCCCUAAGUUGAAUAUUGCUCCUCUUUGAGAGCUGUCACCACAUUUCAUAGGUGAGGAAAUGGAGGCCUCGGGAGCUGAUGAGCAUCACGUUGGCAGUGAGUGACAGAACAGUCCGACCUGUG